AUGACACAGAACGGCAUGGAUCCAACCUUGCCGAGUAAAGAGCAGAUGACCAAGGUGUCGAUGUGGUUUUCAACGGCUCUACGCCACAGUCCAUAUUACAAGGACAAACAUAAUCGAUACUUCGAAAAGGUCAGCACUUUUGAUCCAUACGACGGCUGGGUUGUCGUUGAUGAUCUGCUGACAAACUGGACUGAAAAUGAUCAGUAUAAGCACUAUCGUGAAAUGCACGAGGUGCUGAUCAAAGGGACAUUCUUCCCCGACGAAGACGGAAUGCCCUGCAUAUCGUUCAUGCUAGACAUUGGCUCCAACGUGAACAUCAUCGGAGCUAAUACAGCACGAACCUUUCAGGAGGUUAUGGCCAGGUACAAUCACAGACCGGCCAUAUGCACACUGAGCAAAACCCUCUACAUCAAUGGUGUAGGUGAGGGUGCUGCGAUCUGUCGGAAAAUGGGCAACUUCAAGAUCGGGGUGCAAUACGCCAAUGAGGCAAGCCCCCGCAUCGAGGAGUAUGCUUCCAACAUCGCAGAGGGCUCAGGUGCAAACCUCCCAGCCAUCUGGGGCCUGAGUGCCAUGGAAGCACGUGACACAAUUAUCGUGCUAAAGCCAGGCUUCCAGAAGGUUAUCUUCCCCAGCGGAGAGUAUACUCUUAAGCUGGGGAAGGGCGCCAAGGUCCUGAGGGCAAAGAAGACCCCCUCAGCUGACGAGACGCAGUUCCCAGGUUGGCAGACCGUGAUUGAGUUCCCGUUCCUCGGCCACGCGAUCACGGCGAAUAGCAGCGCGGUGACGAGUAUACACAAUACCAAGAAGGCCGUUUGGAAAGCUUUCCUUGCCAACGCCGGGGCGGCAUCUGUCUCCAAGGUGCCGCUGAAGGUCAAGCUCCGGCUCAUUUCCCGCACGUGCUUAACGCCUUUCGCCUACCGAUGCUCGCGGUGGCCGCGGCGCGCGGAGCAGCUGGCGAUGGCCGACCGCAUGCAGACUAGGUUGGUCGCAGCCGCUGUGCGAAUGCGGAAGGGCCCCGGCGACAGCGCUGAGUCCUUCGCUAAACGCGUGAACGCCCGCGCCGCGCUCCAGGCGCGGGAGUUUGGAAGAUGGCCAACUUCUUGGCGCAAGCGAGUGGUUGAUUGGGACAGUCACAUCAAGCGAGCGCAUUGCCAGCAGCAGUGGAGCACGAGGUUUGUACUGUGGCGCGACGGCCGCUGGCUCCAAGCGCGCCGAGACCAGCACCGCCGAGGGCGCCCUCGCACGCGCGUCUGCCUCGGGCAACCGGCCGCCCGGUGGGGCGAGGGCGUGGCGCUGGCCACCGCGAAACUCCAGCAGAACU